AUGUUCGAGAUUAUUUUCCAAUACAUAGAUCAUGACAGUUUCUACAAAUAUCUCCGUUUGUUAAUCAUUGUCGGGAUGUAUUUGAUGUGCCGUAAUAUUUAUUCCGAAUAUGCCAAACAAAGUCAAGUCAAGAGACAAAUCGCACUCGACGAGAAGGAGAAGUUAGAAAAACCCGCCAAAGAGGAACGUGAAAGAGCUGAAAAAGAAGAGGCCUUGGAAAAAGAUGCUGCUUCCUUCGGAUGGGGUAAGAAGACCAGAAAGAACGUAAAGAUCCAAGAAUCCAUAUUACAACAAGAGUCUGAAGACUUGAGACAGAGAUACCAAUCAGGUUACGAUGCUGCCGAAGAUCACGACAUCGAAGAUCUUUUAGAGGAUUAG